AUGAGUGGAGGUCUUACUAUCGAUUUUGAUUAUAUUGCGAACAAUAUACAAUCAUACAUCGAUCAAAGAAACUUUUACGAUAUUAUUGAUGAAAAUGACAUUCCAACAGUCUUAGAGAAAACAAAUCUAAACCCAAAUGACUUUCAAACUCUUCUUUCGCAAGGUAAAACGAAAUACAAUUCAUCUAAAAUUUAUGGUUUUGUUCGUAAGUGCAAUGUUUCAGUUAAUUCGUUCGAAGACGUGAUUAACGUUCUCGACAGUUACAAAAGUAUUUUGAAACUUAAAUCAUCUGGAAACUUAAUUGAUUAUUUAAAUCAAUAUAAGACCGAUUUUAAUACUCUUGAAAAUGAAAAUAACAAAUUCAAGGAAGAAAUCAAUCAACUUAAAAAUGAAAUCGCAACACUUAACAACAAAAACAAUGAACAACUCCAAAAUGAAGUAUCAACACUUCUUAAACAAAAUGCACAACUCAUGGACGAUAUAUUCAAAUGCCAUAAUGAAAAUAAUAAAUGA